AUGGCAUUCGCUGAUAGAGAGGCCCCAAUUCAGAUGCUUUCUGCGAAGAAGUACUUCGAAAAUUUGACUUCGAAGGAACAGCACUAUGCGCAUUACAUGUCGAAGGCUUCGCACGCCGGUAGCCGUAUCACUAUGAGACAGGUUUCCCCAUAUUCUGAAAAGAUCUUCGAUACGGUCAUGGGGAUCCACAAGGGUUUGAAGGAGUACCCUAAGGACGAGGAGACUGCUCAGUAUUUGGAAUAUGUGACCCAAUUUUUGUCGAACCUUGGUGAAUUCAAGUCUUUCGGUGAUGUCAAGUUUAUUCCUCGUUGCCCAAAGUCGACUUUUGAGAAAUUGGGCCAAUUGGCCAACGUUCCAGUGGACUCCUCGUUGUUGGAUGAGAUCUACCACGAUGGGGAUGCAUCUGCUUUGUUGGGUUUCCCAUCUCAAGGUCACACUACUGGUUAUUACAGAGGUCCAGAGAAGGUUACUCCAGAAGACAUGGUUUUGUUGAAGAAGAUCUUUGCUGACUUUGACAUCAUGCCUGAGAACUUGACCAUCGAGAAGCUGUCUCAUAAGCUGUUCGAGGUCCAUGUAGCCAGUGCUUCCACUGCUCAUGCUAAGGGAUACCCAGACAGAAUCGAAGAAGAAGGUAUUGAGGUGCUGUUCAAGUUCGGCGAACACAGUACUGAGAUGGAGAAGAUUGCUCAAUACUUGGCAAAGGCCAAAGAAUACGCCGCAAACGAAACCCAGGAAAAAAUGUUGGAACACUACGUUAACUACUUCAAGACUGGUGACUCCAAGUUGCAUAAGGAGUCCCAAAAAGUCUGGGUCAAGGAUUUGUCUCCACAAGUCGAAACUAACAUCGGUUUUAUCGAAACUUACAGAGAACCAUCCGGUAUCAUUGGUGAAUACGAGUCUCUAGUUGCUAUCCAAAACAAGGAGCGUACUGAGAAGUUCACUGAGUUGGUCAACAAGGCGCCAGCCUACAUUAAUCUCUUGCCUUGGGACCCAGCUUUCGAAAAGCCAAAGUUCCAACCUCCAGAUUUCACCUCCAUCGAAGUCUUGACCUUUACUGGUAGUGGUAUCCCAGCUGGUAUCAACAUUCCAAAUUACGACGACGUCAGAUUGAACGUUGGUUUCAAGAAUGUGUCUCUUGGUAACAUUCUAAACUCAAAGACUAGCAACGACAAGUGGACUUUCGUGCAAGGCGAUGACGUCGAGACCAUGAGCAAAUACCAAUCGGACUCCUUUGAAGUGCAAGUUGGUAUCCACGAGUUGCUAGGUCACGGUUCCGGUAAGUUGUUGUGCGAGCUUGAUGAUGGCACCUUCAACUUCAACAAGUCAUCUCCACCAAUUGGUUUGGACGGGAAGCCAGUCACCACUUACUACAAGAAGGGUGAAACCUGGGGUUCCAAGUUUGGUGCCAUUGCAGGUGCCUACGAAGAAUGUCGUGCCGAAUCGAUCGCUAUGUACUUGAUUACCAACAGACAAUUGUUGGAAACUUUCGGCUUCAAGACCAAGGAAGAACAAGACAAGAUCAUUUACACUGGUUUCUUGCAAAUGUGCCGUGCCGGUUUGUUGGCUUUGGAAUUCUGGGAUCCAGCUUCCAAGAAGUGGGGUCAGCCACACAUGCAAGCCAGAUUCUCCAUCAUGAAGACUUUGUUGAGAUACUCAAGUGACAAGAACUUUGUGAAGUUGGCAUACACUCAAGAUGACUACUCCGACUUGCACAUCGAAUUGGACGGCUCAUUGAUUGAAACUGUCGGCCACGCCGCCAUCGAAGACUACUUGACUCAUUUGCAUAUCUACAAGUCCUCCGGUGAUGUCGAAAACGGUGCUGCAUACUUCAAGGACAGAUCUGACGUUGACGAAGAGCUCGCUAAGUUCCGUGACGUUGUUCUAGCAAAGAAGUUGCCAAGAAAGCAAUUCAUCCAGGCAAACACAGUUAUCGACGGCGACAAAGUGAUCGUCAAGGAAUACGAAGAAUCUCCAAUCGGCAUGAUUCAGUCCUUUGUUGAACGUGAUUUGUAA